ACCUGGGUCAGAACAAAAAAUCAACAACAAUGCAACUAAAUGAAGGACAGGUUAUCAUUAUUGUAGCUUAACUCGGUAGGCUGAAUGGACUGGUUAUAUUAUGCUUUGAGAAUGCAGAUUGAGGAGGACUGCGGUGCAGACAGGCUGCAGGUUGAAGCUGCCUCUUUGCCUUUCUGUGAGAGGAGCGACUCAGACACGACGCUAACAGGAGCGGCCGGCUGCAGCCUAGCUGAAGAUGUCAGAUAAUGGGGAGGUCGAGGACAAGCCCCCAGCUCCGCCCAUGAGGAAUACCAGCACCAUGAUCGGCUCCUGCAACAAGGACCCCGCCCCCCUCAACCACGGCUCCAAACCCCUCCCGCCAAACCCGGAGGACAAGAAGAAGAAGGACCGCUCGAUCCGAUUCAUCCUGACGGGAGGAGGCGAUAAGACCUAUAAGAAGAAGGAGCGUCCAGAGAUUUCACUGCCGUCUGACUUUGAACACACCAUCCAUGUCGGCUUCGACGCCGUCACCGGGGAGUUUACCGGCAUGCCGGAGCAGUGGGCCCGGCUCCUGCAGACGUCCAACAUCACCAAACUGGAGCAGAAGAAGAAUCCUCAGGCCGUCCUCGACGUUUUAAAGUUCUACGACUCAAAAGAAACGGCCAACAGCCAGAAAUACAUGAGCUUCACAGAUAAAAAUGCAGAUGCCUACAGCUCCUCCACCACAACGAGCUCCAAGGCCGUGUCGGAGACACCCGCCAUAGCAACCGUAUCCGAGGACGACGAUGAAGAAGAUGCCGAGCCCCCGCCGGUGAUCGCCCCCCGACCAGAACACACCAAAUCAAUAUACACUCGCUCAGUGAUCGAGCCCCUCCCUCCUCCUCCGACCAAAGAUGCUGCGACCUCCCCCAUCACCCCGCCGACGGCCGCCGCCGCCGCUGUCACGCCCACCCCGCCUGCAGAGGGAGCUCCCAGCAGCCCUCCCAGUGCAAGCCCCGCCCCCGGGCCCUCUGUGCCCCGCCCCCAGGACAAAACCAGGAAGAAGAAGAUGUCGGACGAGGAGAUCCUGGAGAAACUACGAACGAUCGUCAGUGUGGGAGACCCCAAGAAGAAAUAUACACGCUUUGAGAAGAUCGGACAGGGGGCGUCUGGGACGGUGUACACAGCGAUAGACAUCGCUACAGGACAGGAGGUUGCCAUUAAACAGAUGAACCUGCAGCAGCAGCCGAAGAAGGAGCUGAUCAUCAAUGAGAUUCUGGUGAUGAGGGAAAAUAAGAACCCAAACAUAGUCAACUACCUGGACAGUUACCUGGUGGGUGACGAGCUGUGGGUGGUGAUGGAGUACCUGGCUGGAGGUUCGUUGACUGACGUUGUCACGGAAACCUGCAUGGAUGAAGCCCAGAUAGCUGCUGUGUGUAGAGAGUGUCUCCAGGCGUUGGAGUUCCUCCACUCGAACCAAGUCAUCCAUCGAGACAUUAAGAGCGACAACAUCCUGCUGGGCAUGGACGGCUCCGUCAAACUCACUGACUUUGGCUUCUGCGCCCAGAUCACCCCGGAGCAGAGUAAACGCAGCACCAUGGUCGGGACGCCGUACUGGAUGGCUCCAGAGGUCGUGACCCGUAAAGCCUACGGCCCCAAAGUGGACAUCUGGUCUUUGGGCAUCAUGGCCAUAGAGAUGGUGGAAGGGGAGCCGCCGUACCUGAAUGAGAAUCCACUCAGGGCGCUGUAUCUCAUAGCAACCAACGGGACGCCGGAGCUGCAGAACCCGGAGAAGCUGUCGACAAUAUUCAGAGACUUCCUGAACCGAUGUCUGGAGAUGGACGUGGAGAAGAGAGGCUCGGCGAAGGAGCUACUGCAGCACCAGUUCCUGAAGAUGGCGAAGCCUCUCUCCAGUCUGACUCCUCUCAUUGUGGCUGCUAAGGAGGCUGCUAAGAACAACCGCUAGCUAGCCUUGCACUCAUCUGUCUCUCCCUCUCCCUCUCUCUCUCUUUUUCUUUUUGGUAGACAGGAGGGCAGUCUCUCUCCCUUCUUCUUUUUGUCUUUUGUAACCUGCACUGACUGCUCCUUCACCCUGUGACCUUUGACCCCAAGCUUGACCUCCCUUAUACCCCCUCCUCCUCCUCCUCCUCCUCCCAACCCUCACAGGAAGGAGGAAGAAGGGUUGUUUCUUCCUGUAACUUUUUGUUCGACACUCCACGAUCAGGAAGACGGCGUUGCUAACUGAAUGACAUCAUCUGUGAUCAAGUGAUGUCAUCGCUGACAUCAUCGCCCCCUCAGCCGGUACGAACAACCCCAUAUGGGAGAGAGAGAGAGAGAGAGAGAGAGUUCUUCAAAAGAGCCCAAAGACUCAUGGGAGUUUUUAUUUUUUAAUCUGUUUUCUUUCUUACCUGCCCCGGACCACGACAGCCAACCAGCACCCUCUGCUGCAGACUGUGUGUGUGUGUGUGCGCGUGUGCUUGUGUAUGUGUGUGUUAGCCAUGGUCCUAGCUUCCUGUCAUGCGUCUAUGGGUUUCAGUCAGACUUAUUUCAUGUCUUCAAUCUAAAAGUGCAUUUGUAGAUUUUUAUUUUAUUGCUCUUUUUAUUUUUAAAUCAACAUUUCUGUGUGUGUGUGUGAGUGUGUGUGUUUUGUCACGGGGAGUGAAGGGGGGGAUGUCGGGAUAUUGAUUAAGUUGAUUGUAACGUUACUGUCUGUAGUUUUUGACACGGAGCAGGAGAUGUUCGGUACUUUGAGCUGUGAGUUAGUGAAGAUUAAUUAUAACGAGGAGAGGCUGGCGGAGCCGUCGAUAGACCGAGUUUGGACAAACAUCUUUCCAGUAGAAAGCAACAUUUUCUUUUGCUCCUCAUGCUUUUAAUAGGUUUUGUAGAUAUUUCCCAGUUGCUGAUACUGGACCAGUGUGUACGGGUACCUGCAGGGCUCAGAAUCAGACUCAGGUUGCAGGUCUUUCUCACUGCUGUCAGAGAAGCUGAUAGAGGAGAGAUCUGACACUAAUAUAGGCAGCUGUUGUUGUUGUUGUUUAACACUAAUGAAUACGUGUAGCAUUGCACUCCUAUAACGUUGUCUGACUCCCCGUAGACCGUAACAAAUAGAUCAAAAGCAGCCAGAGAUAUUCAACCUUCUGUUUUAUUCUUAUUUCACUUUUAUAACUCUGACUCGUUAGGGAGUCAGACACAUCUCAUGGAACAAGUGGCCAUUUAUUGUGGUAUUCCACCAAUCAAGGCUAUUGAAAGAGGCUGGGUCACUAUGGGAUGUUACAUGUGCAGUGUAACUGCAGCUGCGAUGUUGGAGGGUUACAGCCGACGGCGCUAGAAAUAAAGGGAGGGUGUCCGCGCAGGUGCUCUUUGGGUUUCGCUCAGCCUGACCGAACUUUUUGGGUACGCUCGAAUGGAUGGCGACCGAUGUACAAUAGAACAUUUUAAAAUAGAAAACAUUUGUUUAUGAUCUUUUAUAGGGCUGGGAUGAUAUACACCUAUCUCCCGAUUCAAUACUAUCACGAUACUGGGGUGCCGAUUCGAUAUGUAUU